GUGUGUGUGUGUGUGUGCGCGCGUGCGCUUUUGACAACUUUGGUUUCUCGAAGACCAGCUGUCCUUCCGGAUGAGAGGCUUGUACGUAGUUAACAGCAGGGUCUCUCUUCCCGGUGCGAGUCUCUCGGAACGGGAACGACGAAACAUAAGCGUGAAGACGAAGGAAGAGACCUCGUCUGCCCUUGGCUGUUAGCGAUCCAGAAUAGAUAAGGCAGAUUAUCACGCGAGGUCCCCCGUUUCUUCGUCUGGGGCGGCCCACUAUUUUCAUGGCUUUAUUUAUAGCGUUUUGUUUGGGUGCCGUCGCCAAAGAGAUCGAGAGAGCAUCUCGAAAAGAGAGCGCGCUCUAAUCCGCAAACGACAACCGGAUUGGCUCGUCGGACCGCGAAGUGGGAUCAGAUGACGAUUAAAAUUGGAAAUCGGUCGCGAAUCUCGCGCGAUUGACGGAGGCCGCCCCUCGCGCGGCGGAGGGGAACGCAGGCCGUGUUUAAACGAGCAGGUAAACGUUACACCGCAAUGCGCGGAAACAGGUUGCAUUGAGGUUGUACGUGCGACUGUGAAUGUAGGCAAAUUGAGAAACGUGUGGACUGAUCAGGAAGAAAGGAACGCUCGAGCGAUCGCGAGCGAUUUAUCUUCGUUUCUUGCGCAAUGAUGCAAGUUUAACGAAACUCGUUCAACUUUUCAAUUAGCGAGAGAGCAACAGAGAGACAGAGAGAGAGAGAGAGAGAGAGAGAGAGAGAGAGAGAGAGAGAGAAAGAACGAGUAAGAGUUGUAGUUGAUCAUUCAAAACUGGAAGCGUCCGUUUGACCACGUUGCAAUUGAUCGUAGCCAUUCACAGCGUUCGGUACUUAGAACCUACAACCACAAAAGUUUUACAAAAAUAGCUAAUUGGCGACGUGGACAAUCGAGUUGCGCUCAUUCAAAUCUCGGUCGAUCCUUGACUGUAGCGAAAUGAUCAAAGGGAAAGGAAACCCAAAGCGGACUCAAUGUAAACCAGAGUCUCAGGGUGGUGCCCAGGUCGGUCGUGAUUUCACGGUAGUGAAAUUUUCCAUUUUUGCGCGCGGUUCCGCCGACGGAACGGCAAGGCCACGAUUCAAACCCUCAUUAUCAUCUUCGACGUUAUGUGACGUGUAACGCCCUGGCAUUUCUCGAUUCUCGCUGAUGCUCAGAUGCGUAAGACUCAUUGUCGGAUAUACGUAAGAAAACACACGCGCGCGCGCGCGCACGCGGAGCGUAAUAUCUGCGUCCCUGAGGAGAGCCUCGUGUCGGAACUCUCUUCUCCCUCCUUCGGUCUCUCGGGGUCGCUUGGGCUUUCUCAUAUUUACUCGCCCCGUCCCUUCGUCCCUCGCGUCCCACCACUGCCAGCUAACUCCCUACCAGAGGAUCGCGCGCCGAUCCCGUCUCCCCUACUACCUUCGCUGACGGCCCUCGGUGCGCGUUCGAUACACGGAAUCGCCUCGUGGUUCUCGGAAGGCAGUAGACUGUCGCCAACCACGCCAGACGGCGCACCGCUCGCACGCUCUCUCUCUCGCGUUGCGUAUUCGCCCACUGGCUCACCCACGGGGCUACCUCGCCCCCUCCGACCCGUUCCUUUACACACUCACACACAUACACGCACACGCACGCACGCACACAUACUGUCUCUCUCUCUCUCUCUCUUUUUCCUCUCCGUUUUCUUUCCUCCUCCUCCUCGCUCCCCUCUCCGCCGCCAACUCCAUACACUCUGUCUCGCGGCGCGGCUGCGGAGCCAGCCAUCUACACAGGGCCCGCCAGUUACGCAACAAUAACAACGCCGUGAGGAGGUGCGUAGCGUCGUGCGGCGCGCGACACCGCAACGCGACACCGUGGCUCUCGUGUGUACAGUGUGUCGAUCGUUCGCGGGAAAUCACUUGUUGACGAGCUACCCGGCGCGGAGGACGCGAACGUAAAGCGAGGGGGCUCGUCGUGGAGAAUUGACUUUCGCGCGCGCGAAUUCCGACCGCGCGAUUGGCGGAAGUGAACUCGGGCAUUUGAGAGAGAGAGAGAGAGAGAGAAAAAGAGAAAAAUUUCGAUCGACCGCGCGAUCGAGAGCGAGAGGAAAGGGAAAGUCACGCAACGUGGACUCGAACGUCGCGCGUCUGCCGACGACGGGAAGGAAGUGGGGCUCGGACGGAGGGCAAAGUGCGCCGGAAGUGUGUCGAUCGUCGGCGCGGUGGAUCGUCGGUGAGGUGCGCCAUCCCGGAUCGAUGAAUGGGGUGGCGGGAGUGACGUGUUACCGUCGUCACGCGGCGAGUAGUAGCAGCAGUAGUAGUAGUAGUAGUAGUACGAGAACGGCUACGGCGGGGCGGAGGAGGACGAGGUGGAGGAAGACGGAGGCGAUCGAUCGUAGAUCAUUGUGAGCGAGAAAGCCGUCGAGUGUUCGUCCGGUCGUCCUGUCGCGGCAGUGACGUGCGCGCGCGAUCACGGCGUGAAACGAGGUCGGCCGGAGAACCUAACCCGCCGUACGUGCUGCCGAUCUCUCGCUGCCGGGAGGGAGAAGAAAAAAACGAAGAAGAAGGAGAAAGAGGAGGAGGAGGAGGAGGAGGAGAAGAACGCGGCGAGACGCGCGCGUUUAGGCGCCAAUGACGUCACCGUGCGAGUGAGAACACCGUCGCCGCCGCCGCUGCCGCCGCCGCCGUCGCCACCGCCGGGGGGAAUUCGCGGUCGGAGAGCACGAGGUUUACGCGCGACGCGCCGCGUCGUCGUCCCCGACGCGACACGAGGCGACGACGACGACGACGACGCUCGGCAGUGCCGCGAUCGCCGGCGAUGGUAGCAGCAGUAGCAGCAGCAGCUGGAGCAGGAGCAGCAGCAGCAGCAACGACGGCGACGGCGAUGAUAGUGGUGACCGCGCGGUAGUAGCGGCGUGGUAGUGCCCUGGUGUGUAGCGGUAGUAGUGUGGUUUUGUUCCUCCUCGUCGUGAUAGUGGUGGUGGGGGCAAGGAUACCCCCGCGGUGGAAUCCGCGGACGCGCGCGGGUGGCCGAUUACGCUCUUUUUUUUUUUCCCCACGUAUGUCGGCGGGCAAUGACUAACCGGCGCACGGCGGCCGAUUGCGCUAGCGAGAGAUAUCGUAUCCGUCGGCGCGGAGCCGCCGAUUCGGAGCUGCCGUCGUCGCGCCCGUCGUCGUUAUCGUCGUCGUCGUCGUCAGCGCUGAUCGUCAGACGGGAUUUGCAUAGCAAACAGAUUGACGGCGCGGUCAUAGUAAGUGGAUAACGAGAAGCGAGAAAUCGCGCUCGCCGAGCGCUUGCGAGUCACGGUGUGAAUAUCGCUCUCGGUGCGUGCCCGCCUGCCUGCGUGCGUCUGCGUGCGCGACUGGUUCACUGGUGCCAGCGGGAGGGAAAGAGAGAGGGAGAAGGGAAGGAAGAGAGAUAGAGGAUACGACGGACGAGGCAAGUGCGGAGCUUAAAAUAGAAGAGUGACUUCGGCUUAAGUACGUGGCGGGGAGGACGGAGCGGCGAGUGAGGUGAAUCGGAGAGAAGAGAAGGGUGGAUGUUGUGCUCACUUCCCUCCCACCCCUCUCCCUCCGCAUUUCUGUGAUAUAUACGUUUCGAAUUCUGUGUCUCUCCGUGAGUGAAAGAGGAAACGACGGGAGACGAGAGGAAGACGAGAGAGAAUACGCGCGCACACGUAUACACACCAUAUAUAUAUAUAUAUAUAAAUAUCUCUCUCGAUGUGCGUGUGAAGUGUUUUUCUUCUGUGAUAAUUCCUAUAGUUCGUAUUGUGCAGUGGUGGAAGACGCGAGACAGCGAGUGACCGUUUCGCACGCGCGCGCGACACUUUCCCCCUUUUUCCGUGCGCGUGCGUUGUGAAAAAGAGGAGAGAGAGAGAGAGAGAGAAAGGAAGAGGAGGAUCCUCUGUGUCUCUCUCUCCCGGCAGAGAGAUCGCGCCGCGUCUCCAGCAAGCGAGCGCUCGCCCAUCGGAAAGGAGGCGUCGGCUCGCGCUCUCUUCUCUGUUCCACGCGAUGGAUCGUGACUCGCGUUCGUAUUCCUGCGGAGGCUGCGAGAGGACCGCCGCCGAGGGCCGAGCUAUGCCGAUGGAGUAACAAGUGAGCGGCGAAGCGGCGUUGCCAUGACGACAGAGACCCAUACUGUGGCGAUGACAGACCCACAGCUGACCAAUAACAACAAUAACAACAACAACGAUGGCGAACCAAAGUACCUGCAUAAGAAGUUCAAGAAGAUGGCGACGACGGAAGUUGCGCCGAAAGUCGUCGAGAAGGAGGGCACGGCGAACAAUGUCGUCUCUGAUGAAACGUCCAAGCGAAACGACGACAAGGACGGCAAGGAAUCGUCGAAGAAACUCGGCAAGCUCGAACCUUCUCCCGAGCCGGCAGGAGGAGUCGAGCCCACCGCCGAGUCACGAAAAAAUGGCUAUGCGUGCCCUUACUGCCCGAUGACGUGGACCAAGCCGAGUGUUCUUCAAAAGCACAUCAGGGCGCACACGAACGAACGUCCGUAUCCGUGCGCGCCCUGCGGAAUAUCCUUCAAGACCAAAUCAAAUCUGUACAAGCACUGCAGGUCGCGAUCUCAUGCGCACAAGACGGAGAAAGGAGAGAAGGUGUCCGAGGAUUCUGAUAUAAGUUUGUCGGAUAGCGCCAGUAAUGGCACUGGUACACCACCGCCGCCGCCAGCUUCGACGCCUACGACGGCAACGACGACGGUAUCCACUGCCGUAGUAAAGACCGUGAAGACCGGGAAGAUCUAUAAGCCAAAGUUUCAAGCCCGAACGGCUCUGCAGUGCGUGAACAGUGAUACCGAAACGUCUUCCUUAUCGCCCAGUUCUUCUAACGGUUCCUCCUUGUCUUCCUCUAUGACUACUUCAACUUCCAAUUCUAUUAAACCGAACGCAGAACAGCUACAGGAACACAUCGACAAGAUCAUCACGGACAAUCAGGCGAUCGUCGAUGCAGUGGAUCCAUGUCUACAUAAACUAAUGCAUCGCCAACAGAGCCUAGUGGAGACAAAGCAGUCAUUCGAACAGCAGCCAUUGAACUUGUCUUCUGCGGAAGAAUCCUUGAAUAACAGAAAACGUUGCUACAGUGAUUGCAGUGAGCUUUCGGAGAGUUCGAUCAUCAAGGAUCUUCUUUUGAAAACUCGCGGCUCUGUGAACGGAUCAGUACAAGAAACUGCUAUGGAAAACUUCGUCUGUCCCACUUGCAACAUCCCCUAUACCAGCAUAGACAAUUUAGAGGCUCACCGUAAAUAUUAUUGUAAGGGUAUCGAUAAUUCUCGAAAAGGAACGGAUUAUCACGCGGAUUUGGAGAAACGCGAUUCUGAUUUUGAUGUGAAACCUUCCGAUUAUUAUAGCACCUUGCAACCGUUACCCUCGCCGGGUCCUCUGCUGGGUAAUACCAGGCUGGUUGACGCGUAUGGUCCACCUGCCAAGAAGCAAAGAACUGAAUCUGUGCCGACCAGUUUAAGGUCGUUGGAGGAACUCAGCAAAUAUCCGCGUCCAAACUCGCUGCAGAUGUUUGGUGGUGAAGUGCGGAUUCUCGAUAAUACGGGUGAGGUGACGAAAACGAUGAGGAUUGAGCCGCGACAAACAAAUUCGCCCACGAAUGAGCAUGUAGUCAACAACAAGUGCAUGAAUUCAGAGACUGCAUCGAUAGUAGUAAAAUCGGGACUUCAUUCUGGUGGCACUAUGAUGCACAAACCGCCAGGCACAUCGGCUAGCACGUCCAAUUCCUCCAUAUCCCUGCCUAACGCGCCGAAGAUACUGGCGCCCAUCAUACCGAACAUAUCAACUCCAAAUAUAGCGCCCAACAUGUCCUGUUACGACUACUUGGAGUCACAUCUAAACCCGCUGACGAGCAUCACUGCCUACAAUCCGUUGACUCUGCCGCAAGCUGGUAUUACGAGUAUCCUUCAUGGUGGAAAGAUGAUACCUUAUGUACCCGGUAUGCCCGGACCACAUACUCUGACUAGUACGCCGACAAUAGACAUAUCUCCGAGUAUAACGGCCGGUGAAGCUGGUUACAAGGUGAUACCGGGCCUACCAGGACUACACAUGAUACCUCAACCGCUGGAUCUGGCCAGUCCAGUGAAGGUGCAGCCUAGCACGAUGCCUGGCAUGUCCAGUCCGUUGUCUGGACAUGUCCCUUCCAUGCUAGAACAGCCUUUGGACCUGGCUAGUCCGGCGAAGGAGUCGAUGAAGAUCAGCUUUAAGACACCUAAUGGCGAUGGUAUAAAGAAUGGCUUGACCAGUCCCAAAGUUCCUAGUGUCAAGGUCGAGACCUCGUCAGAGAAGUAUCGCACGAUAAUACCGUCGACUCUCCCUGGCGGAGAGACCGGUAAAACGGAACUCGAUCAUCAUAUCAAAAAUAAUAUGACCAUGAAGUACAAGAAUAUGGAGAGUUCUCGAGAGAGGAAGGAUUUCACAUAUGACAAGAGUCCGAAGCUGGAUAAAGCUUUUAGUUAUCCAAACGGUGUGGAACCUACGAUUUCUUCAAACUCUUACAGCAAAAUGAGGUACUCGCCCAAGACUACUUUGGAAAGCAGGAAGAGAUCAUCGAAUUGGGAUGUCAGUGAAGUGAAUGCUGGGAGAGCAUCGUUAGAAACGCAUACUGCAAUCUCCAAGUACGAUGAAUCUCCUCACGAAAAUGGUCGAUUAAAAAAUAGUGUCCCUUCGGAUACACGUGGAUGGACCAAAAUUGCAGACGGAUAUGACGCUUUCAAUGGCGCCAAGACGAAGGUCGACAACGCGCCAUCGGUGAUACUUGUGAAUUUAGAUUCUUCCAAGACAGAAGUGCCAACAAAAACUUCCGUAGAAUUAACUGUUAAAGACAAGCAACCCGAGGCCAAAUCGCCAAAGAAUGGCGGCGACGUUACUAAAGAAACAACUAAUGCUAAUAAGUUUUUGAGGCCCACGUCUUUGCCAUUGAAACCCGGAACGUUUACGCCGAAGAAGCAUCACGGGAUCACGCCUACAGCGAAUACACUUCCUCUCAUUAGUCCGGAGACUCCGCGACCCAAGAAGUCGUAUGGACAACUAUAUUUAAAUGGGCAUGCUUACACAUAUCUGGGACUCAAGUGUUCUACUAGAGUGUUUUACUGUACUUUGAAUCGGCCGCAGCCGAUGUAUGUCACACAACAGCAUGGUCUGUCAAUGUACUCCAAUUGGAAAAUAUGCAAGGAGGCGCCACCAGAUGUGGACAUGGCUCACUAUGAUUCUCGGCAUAGACCUUUUAAUUAUACUACCGCGUGGAAAAAACAAGAGGACAUCCUAACGCACUCCUCGCAAAGACCAACCACUCCUACCAGUCCGGAUAGUGGAUUGGAGGGUGACAUGCAGGAAAAGACGAAAAGGGUGAAAAUAUUUGAUGGAGGUUUCGAGAGUAACGAAGAUUACACUUAUGUACGCGGGAGAGGUCGAGGACGCUAUGUCUGUGAAGAAUGCGGUAUUCGUUGUAAAAAACCAUCCAUGCUGAAGAAACAUAUCAGAACACAUACGGAUGUUAGGCCAUACACUUGUAAGCAUUGCGCUUUUAGUUUCAAAACAAAGGGUAACCUCACGAAACACAUGAAGUCCAAAGCUCAUUACAAGAAAUGCGUGGAAUUGGGUGUGAUGCCAGUCCCUACAACCGUCUGUGACGAAAACAUUGACAAGGAGGCCAUUGCGCGAUUAGCUGCCGGUGGUGGUAACACGGAAGAAUCCUCGGAGGAAGAAGAAGAAAGUGAUGGAGAGGAAAGCGAAGAGUCUGGUAGUGAGGAGCAAGAAGCGGCACAAAGUCUAUUGAGUCUUUCUCAACGUAACACGUCGAACACAUUGCCAGGCUUGCUACCUUCUGGUAGACCUACUACGUAUCCGUACACGUUAACUUUACCGACGACUUCUACAGUGAGCAUCGCGUCUACUACCGCGACUACAUCGACUAUGAGUCAAAGCGUUACCACGCAAGAAACAGCUCUGAUCCAAAACGAAUUAUCGCAUCGUUACUACUUUCCAUCGAACCGCAGUGCGAUGGAAGAAACGAGAACCAGUGUCAUUCAAUCGUCCAAGAAAGAUGAUUCUGACUUUGAGAUCGAGGAAAUUACCGAUCACGUUACAGAGUCACGUCAUCAGCUGUCGCAACCCAUGGAUCUCACGACGAAGCAGACCACUCAGGUGUUGCCCUCGCCGGUCCCGCAAAGGGCUAGACCCGCGGACAUUCUGACACCCGUUUCGGAGCCGGUCUUGUUGCAGACGAUAGUCCAAACAAUGGAACGGCUACCUAUUCAGGGUAGAGAAUGGAAACCGGAUGCGGAGGGCCACAUGUUGCAGGCCUACCUCACGGAGAGACAUGUGAUGGACAGCAAAAUUAAGCAGCAGUAUCGCGUAGGAAACACCAAAGUGGAUAAUAAGCAGAUACAAGAAAGAGAUGUUUAUCCGCGUCAUCAAGAUCAGAACAAGCCCAGACACUGGAUGGAAUUUAACGGUGUUCCGACAGUGACGUAUACUGAUCCUAGCAAGAUGCGACAAACUCUUAUGGCAUCUAGGUUUGAAAACACUACAAAGCACAUUAAAAGUGACGACAUUAAAAUGGAAAUCAGGGAAAAAAUUUGUCAGAACAUUAAGGAAAUUGAGAGACGAGAGUUUUACGAGAUUAUUUCUAAGAAUCAAGACUAUAAAAAAUAUAAUCGUAUAGUUUCUGAUCGAGAAAAUUUUGAACUUGGUCUAACUAAUGGUCCCGUUAUUACAAGGCCGAAUAUCGAGUAUAAUCUACCCGUGACCAGGAACAAUAGUUCGAUUGAGAGACCGAACUGUUCUAUUAUAUCUGUUCGUAACACGCCCACUAUCAAUGGCCAUUCACCGAAAUCUUUAAAUAUGGAUGUCAACAACAGAUCACCAUUGGUGCAACACAAUGACAUUGACAAAAGUUCCAUGUUCAAUGUGAUGAAGGUGAGGGAAUGGAAAGAUUUAGGGAAUCCCGUUGGUCAGGAAAUGAGAUCUGCGAAUCACGAGAUGAGAACUGCGACUAAUGAUAUUCGAAUUCAGAAUCAUAGUCCGCGGAAUCUCGAAUUAAGACCGCCCAGUAGAGACCUCAGAACACCCGGUCAAGAUUAUAGAACACAGAAUCAAGAGCUGAGGCUAUCGAAUCAACAAGAGUACAAGAUACGCAGCCAAGAGAUGAGAUCACCCAGCCACGAGUACAAACCAUCGUUUGCUCACGAUAUGCAAGUCAUUCAAGAGCUUAUGCCGUCGACAAACAUGGAAAUCCGGCAAACAAAUCCGGAUAAUAGGUCGCCGAGUCGUGACAUGAGAGCUCUCGCGGAAUACAGAACGCACGGGCAAGAUCCACGUGUCAACUACGAAAUGUUACAGCCUAUACAUGAACCACCGAAGUCGCAAAACGUAGACACGAGAAGCACAUCACCGCAAAAAGUACGAGUCCUCUAUUACGAUACAAAACACCCUGCAGAUAUGAUGAAACAAAAUGCAUUAGAUAGCAUAAAACACACGGUAGCUGGAAAGAUAGUUGUCGGUGGAUCAGAUUUUCGAUCGCCAUCACCAAAUACAGGAAACGCGAAACCGCAAGCGGAAUUUUUACAACCGUCGAGUGGACCUGCACCUAAUUAUGUUAGUGUCACAGAAGAUGGUCGGAGUGUAUGUGGAAUUUGUAACAAAGUGUUCAGCAAGCCCGGUCAGUUACGAUUGCAUCUCAACAUUCAUUAUUUCGAGCGACCAUACAAAUGCGAAAACUGUGCAGUUUCCUUCCGGACUAAGGGCCAUUUAACGAAACACGAAAGAUCCGUUUCUCAUCAUAAUAAGGUCAGUAUGACUUCUACAUUUGGUGCGGCGACUACCAGCAAUCCCAGGCCAUUCAAGUGUACGGAUUGUAAAGUAGCGUUCAGAAUACAUGGACAUUUGGCCAAGCAUCUUCGCAGCAAGAUGCAUAUCAUGAAGUUAGAAUGCUUGGGCAAACUGCCGUUUGGAACGUAUGCGGAAAUGGAAAGAUCUGGCAUCAACCUGAAUGAUAUUGAUACUACGGACUGUGAUAAUAGUCUUAAUAGUCUGCAGAUGCUGGCUCAAAGAUUAAAUGAGAAGGAUCCGGCGAAGAUCGCACAAUGGGAUGCGGAAGCUAUACCUGGACCGGUCGUGAGCGGCAGCGAAACCUCGUCGGACGAAGGUGAACCUAUACCGCAGCACGCACUUCACGCACAAUACGUGAAAGUAACGACGGACACGGACAUCUCCCGACCAUAUCACAUGUCAGUCGUCUCCGAGAAACCGAAGACCAUUAACGACGCACGCCUCCGUUGCCAGUUCAGUCAACAAAGACGUGAUUAUGCCAUUAAAGAGCCACGACCUAUUCCGCCGGUUGUUUCAAUGGAGGACACAAGGGUGGAGGACAGUUUACAAUCGUACAAGUGCCAAGUUUGCUCCGUAUCUGUGCGUACUUUAAACGAGUUACAAGUACAUUGUUUUGUUGAACAUAACAUUGAGACGGAUUCUAGUACAAAUAUUCAUGGAGAUAGGAGUGCGGGUAAAUGUAGCAGAGAAAAAGAGAAUACUCAGAAAAGAAUUGUGGAGGAAUCUGUAGUGAAGGAAGAUCACAAAAGACAAAGGAUAGAGGAUACGUAGUGCCAAAAAACAAUAUAGCGUGCUAAAGAAUUUUUUUGAAUGGUGUUUGCCAUACUACUUAGAGAAAUUGCGGUUAUAAUAAUGUAUCACAUAUGGAAUGCAUCACAGAGAUAUCCUAAAGAAAAAAGUCUCGGUUGUUCUGAAAAAACUAUUUUGGUAGACAAUACGAUUACUAACGAUUUAUGUUUGAAGAAAAUUACGUUUCUUGAAAAUUAACAUUACAAAAAUUUAAAUAAAACGCGUUAGCUGCAUGCAGAUACGGAUUUAUAAUUUUAUGUUGCCGUGUAUGUUACGAAAUGUUUCUGAGGACUUUACAAAAAAAUUAUUGAAUCAUAAAAAAAUAUGGAUCUAGAAUAAUGUUGUAUAAAUACUAAUACACGUAUGUAACACAUUAACCAUUACGUGGUCAGUAGCAUGUUUCUUUUGUUUACAGUUCUAAAAUUACCUGUUUAUAUUGCAACAGAUAUAAAACUACUUGUAUAGUCCUCCUCCAAACAUUUUGAACUCUUUCUCUUGGAAUCAACACAUACAUCGUGUAAAGUAAAAACAAGAAAAAAUAUAUAAUUCGAGUAUCUGAUGAUUAUAAUAUUUAUACACAGUAGUGUUUCUUAUAGUAAGCAUGAGGUGCAAUGGACUGGAAUGUGAUUCUAUAUUUAAAACACAAAUGUGUUUCAAUAUGUUGAAGAAAGAGUAUUCUAAUAUUACAAAUUAAUAUUACAUUUUAAAUUGGUAUAUAUGAAACUUAUCCAUACACAAAUAUAUAUACACACACAUAUAUAUGUGUAUGUAUGUGUAAAUAUAUUUGUACGAUAUUAGUAUGAACAAUUACGAGAAUUAUUGUUGAUAUAAGAGAAAAUGUGUUUGUAUAUAUUUAUGUAUAAUAUAAUGAGAAAUCAUAUUAGUCUCUACUACAGUUUUAAGAAAUCAAGAAGCUAUGUCGGUUGCUCAGAUUACUUGUAUGUACAUUUAAGUGCUUUUAAUUCGCAGCACGGUAGAUUCUUUUUUAGUUUCCGUGUCCUGAAAGAUUUUCUUGUAAGCAGGUAGCGAAUAUCUUGAUAAGUUUGAUUUUAUCCGAAAUACUGCUGGACGUUUAGUUACCUUCGUAUUCUGAUAUUAUUAGAUUUUUUAAAUCUUAAUUGAUCAUUGUGUUUAUUAUGGUCUGAGGGACUGAUUCGCUGAUUCUGUUUAAGAUAAUUAAGCCUCUUGCUUUCCCCGCCGCGGUUCUAUUAUUAAAUCUACAUUGCGAACGAAAAAUCAUGUGAACUUUUCUCACAUUACAUAUUAAAAUUAUUUUAUCACAAUUUGUGCGCUCUCUCUCUCUCUCUCUCUCUCUGUCUCUCUCUCUCUCUUUCUCUCUCUAUCAAGCAAACAAAAUGCUUGAUAAAGAAAAGACUAAUUUUGACAUGAAAAAUAAUUUCACACACGAUUUCUCGUUAGUGGUCUUAUAAUAGAAUUGCGGCGAGCAGCUUGAAGAAGCCGUACACCUUCCACCAGCGACAGCUAUAAUCUUAUAAUUAACCGUCUAUCAUGUAAUGCUACUCGCAGUUUUAAUAUCUCACUCAAGCACGAGAAAUGUCUUUCCUAUUCCGCAUAAUCAGACUCCGGUUAUCACGAUUUGUACCUAACUAGGUGUGCUUGAGUCCAGGAUAAAAAGAAUAUAUAUAACGAAGACGACUGCGCAGGUAUACAAUGAGGUCCAGUCCGAGUGAUGUUCACACUAAACGAUAUCAAGCGUAGCCGUAGUUCUACAUAGCAUUUUUUGGAUGUAUAUCUACUGUCUUAUAAUUUUGUCGAAAAAUUCGAGCCGCGUAACUCCGCGUACUAUUACGUAUGAGCUUCCAUGGAUGUGUACAUACACGGCGUCGUGUGCACGCAAUCCGAAAAUGCCAAGCCAACAAUUUGCGUUUGACAGGAUUCGUUGAGGGGGAACGAUUUAUGCGCGGAAAGUUGAUUUAUAUGGUUAAUUUCCGACGCUUCUUCCACGCGAAACGUGGUUAUUUUUCAAAAUUUAUACACGCGACUACUACAUAUAUAUAUGUAUCUCUCUUUCUCUCUCUCUCGGCUAAACUUUGCAUGCGUACUUUUAUGUGAUUUCGAAGGGAUAUAACUUUCCAAAUUCUAGAUUCAGAUAUAUAUAUAUACAUAUAUAUAUUGCGAUAUAUACAUAUACACAUACAUAUAUUUUCGAAACGUUGUCGUCCGUAGUGUUAUCAUCAUGUAUUUUCCGGCGUACACACGUAGCGUGUAUACGUAAAUACAUAUCAGUUUCGCCGUGCCCCCCCGGCGCUAACCGGGAGACGGCGGACAAUCUUGUGCGCGUCUCGUCGUUUGAAACCCAAACAUGGCGCAGUACAAGUUAGGUUUACUCACCGGUUUUUCGGCGUUCCUUCUCUCCACAGCGACAGUCUCCCUCGGAAUCGGGCUCCUCGACAACGUAUCCAUGAUCGCGAACACGAGGAUCGCACUCUCGCACCUCCCGUAGUCGCCGAAGGCACGGUCACACCCGGAAAACUCGGCUGCGACGCGGGAAACCUCACGCUCGCGGGAGUAACGGUCGCGCGACACGCGGAUGCACACUGAACGUAGCCGCGACUCGAAUUCUCGAACGUUAAUCGAGCGUUCCGAGAUAUCGGGGUAUCGCGUUACUUAUUGUCCAUUUUUAUCAGUGUAUUUUAAUUUCAACCUGAAUUUAAAUUACCUAUCUUUUUCUUUAAUUUUACGGAAGGAUGAAAAGUUAAACAAAGAAUAAUUUUAUUUUAUGUCCAUAGAAAUGAAUAUAAAACGUUCGAUCGCGGGAAUAACGCGGGUCACGCUAAACGUAGUCGUGAAUAAGCGUUUCUACAGACGUGGAUUAACGUUGAUCCCGGUUUUCUAUUAGAACUUAGAAAGAGAUGAAAAAUAAAUUAAAUCGAGAUUAGAGUUAAUCUACAUUAGAAACAAAAACGUUCCGAUUAAACGGCCUCGCAUGUCGAUUAUUAAAUUUUAAAAUACAAAAAACUGAGGGAACAUGUUCUUUCGUUACGAACAAUUUGCUUCUGUCGUAAUAUCGCACGAUAAAAUUCGGAAGACAUGGUACGCUAAAAAGGGAUAUCGAAAUGAUUUUGAAACGUAGCUAUAAAAUGCGACGGGAGACUGGUAGUUUGAAAUUUGAGCAUAAUUUCAAAUGAGCUUUCGAUUGAAGUUGCUCUUUUUUAUCUACACUGAAUUUCUUCACGAAUCGAUAGAGUUGCUCCGAUAACGGAGCAAUAAAUUUAUGGACGCAUCUAAAUGAACAGCGGGAAAGACAUAAUGAGUUAUAUAUAUAUCGAUCAUUUGAUUUAAGGAGCCAACAGAAAAACAAUUCUGCGACGAAUUAGAUAUGCGCGCAUUGCAUUUUAAAUUAUGGAAACGAGAUCACCGGCAACAACAAUAUAGAUGAUUAAUGAUAAUAAUUUUCUAAAUAUGUUAUCAGUAUUUCAUCUGUUUUGAGAUAAUUGGUCAGUUUUUCGCACUGUGGACGAUCGAUAUUAUUCUAUCUUGCCGUUUCGGAACAGAUUCGACUGUGUAAUUCUUCACGAGCGUACGAUUAAAGUGUUUUAAUUGUAUUCCCGUAUCUUCCUUUUACACACGCGUACACCAUUAUUAUCUAUAUACACAUAUUUAUACUGUACAGUCUAAGAAUUCGGAUAAAUGUUUGUUAAGACAUACUUUUACAAUAUUUACGAUAUUCGGUUUAAGUAAUUAUUGUAUUGUGAUAAGUACGGAAAGAAUUAGAUGGCGAAUAUCCCGACUAAUAUCCUAAAGUACAAGCGUAUCUGAUAAUGAAAAAAAAAAAAAAAGAAGCAGAGACAUAUUUAUUUUGUCGAGGGCGUGCUCGCGUCUAUUACGAAUUUUCACGAAAACAGUUGGCUUGGCUUGGCUUCUUCUCAGUAUUAGACUUCGCGGACAAAACGAAAGAGGAAACAGAAAGGGAAGGUCGAGCUUGUACGGGUUUCUAGAUUGUAUGGGUUUUACGCCGAUUUACAUUUUACGGAGACAAAAAUCGCGGCCGCCUCGUCGCUCGAACGUUCACACGC